CUCGGACAGCAUCAGUUGCAGCCUCAAACUCUGGACGCAGUGUACUGCCGUGUUCUACAACCCCUUCAAGUCUACGAGCCCAAGCAACAAAGCAUCUUCAAGCAUGCAGACCUCCAUCGUUAUCCUGCUGUUCGCCGGCCUGCUAGCGCUCGGCUAUGCUGCACCGCGCCCUGGCGCCGAGGAAAAGGACGCCCAGCUGCUGAAGUACGAGAACGACCACAACGGCAUCGACGGGUACAACUUCCAGUUCGACACGAGCAACGGCAUCCAGCGCCAGGAGCAGGCCCAGCUGAAGCAGUUCGACGAUGAAAAUGCGGCCCUGGUUGUGCGCGGCUCGUACUCGUUCACCGGUGACGAUGGGCAGGUGUACACGGUGAACUACGUUGCGGACGAGAACGGUUUCCAGCCGGAAGCUCCCCAUCUGCCGAAGUAAGGCAAACGGGGUUUGGUUGGCUGGGUGGUUGUGUGUUAGUGCAAACUUUUUGCGAUUGGCCCAUAUAGGUUAAAAAUUUGUUUUUUCUUCCUCCGUUUUGUUAAUUAAAGAACGAUGGUUCAUUGAGUAAAA